UGCUGCCUGUCUACGAGGAGUGCGUUUGAUUGUUGCAGGGCUCAAUGGCGGACAUAGCAGGGUAGUCGCAUUAGCACCGAGGACAAUAACAUCUCGAUUGAGAAUCUCGCUGGCGUGACUCGGUCGGCCACUGCGUGCCCACAGGUGCAACAUUCAAACGCAUUUUCUCUUGCAGCAACAUUAAAACAAAGUCGCCGCAGCUCUUUCCUGCUCGUCUUCCAGCCUGUUUGAGUUCCCAUCUAGAGCGGAGAAGUUACACUGUUCAUGGUUGCUCACUGAAGGCAGCUAGCUUGUGAGCAAAACCAUGGGGGAGUCUCUUGAACUGAUAGGGAAACGUCUGCUUUUGCUCCUCGACGACGGUAGGUCUGCGAACGGUUCCGAGUCGGAGAAGGCUGCCUGGGCUCGCGACUGGCUCCGGGGGACGGUGCGGGCGGUCAGCGUCAUCGGCCUGGUCGCUCCGGAGGGAAGCGGAGGAGAGGCGACGACUACAACCAACACUUCUGCGGGGCUUACGGUAUUUGUGGAGUUUGAGAACGCUUCGCAGCGGUGUUCUUGGGUGCAGGUGUAUGACGAGGGGGUGAAAGCCAUUCUGGUGGAGGAUUCCAUUGUUUGGGCGAGUCGUAGUGACAGCAGUGGGACUGCUGGAGCCACAGCAUCAACCACACCCUGGCCUGCCCUGGUCUUUCGCUCCUUGGUGGACAGAGUGGGUCUGGGAUCGCUGGUUGCUGUUGAGUAUUUUGGAAACAAGAACUUCGAGUUCCUGACUGAUAAUAAAACGGUGCAGAGGUUUGAGAUUGACAAAGAUUUGAGACACCCGCUGUUGCUGGAGCAGCCCUCUGUGCAGGCUGCUGUCUCCAGCUGGCGCACUGACUUUGAACUGCAGGAGAUCUUUAGGAAGGGUUCAUACACUAUUCAAGGACGCAGGGUCCGUGUGUACCAACCGGAGUUUGAGGAGUGCUGGACUGCAGGACUGGUGUCUCAGCACGAUCCUAUUUCACACAUCAUGGAGAUUACUCUAGAUAAGGGAGAAGGCAGUCAGAUGGUAGAUCCUCGUGUCAUACAUGUCAUGCUCAUAGAUGAAGAGAUUGGAAAGAAUGGAAGGCGUAGGAAGGACAGUGAAACGAUGAAGGCUGAUGGUGGACGUAGACGCAGGACUGCCUCUGAAAGUGAGGAUGACUUGAACUUGAAGCGAUUCAAAGGAGCAGGUGAUGCCGGAGCUGAUGGAGAAAACGGUGACGAUUCAAACAAAGCACCAGCAGAAGGAACGGGGAUCUGGGGCGGGGACUCUGGUGAACGAGUCAGCAGCACAACCAAAAACGGAAGCUCUUCAGAGGGAACUUUUCCUCAAGGCAGAGUGUCAUCACCUGACACCAAUUCUCCCCUCCAGAUGGACCAAUCAAACGCCACUACUCCCCGCUAUCCCGCCCAUGUCAAAGAAAACGGCCGCUCACUGUCCACACAGGGGGCAGCGGACUCUACAACGAGUGUAGCUCACACCCCUACCCCUCCUCCCCUCAAACCAGCCCCUUCUCCCUUCUCUACCACAUCAUUUCCCUCCCUUGGACAGAUGCCCAGCCUGGUCCCUGGAGCGCCAGCCCCCAAGGCCUCCCCGUCCCCCCAGCCAGACCGAGAGGAGGCUUCCCAGUCUGCCUUCUCUAAAACAGCUGCUCUUGUUUCCCCGGGGCCUGUCACCAUUUCUUGGUCACAUGACAGUGGCCCUAGUGUGGCACUUUCUGCUUCUGAGGGUUUCAGUCCUAAAGCACCUACUUGGGGAAGCCAGACUGAGGGCUCUAAAAUGGCUCCAGGUUUUUGUUUGCCUCAGACUACCCCCCCUGUUUUUGGAGAAGUUUCAUCCCAGUCAAACGGAGCUCCCGCCACCACAACCUCCCAGGACACUUCCAGGCCCUUUGGCUUCGGCUUUAGCGGAGCGAAGAAUGAGGCUCAAUCUCAGCAAGACAAAAACUUGUUUUUCCAAUGCAUGACCCAGAAUUCUGGCUCCAGCCCCAGCCUGGCUGCUGGUCAGACCCAGCCCAAGGACACCAACUUCUUCACCUCGGUGUCUGAGAGCCUGAACAAAGAACCACCAAGCCUUUUCAAGUCUGUGGCCUCCAGUGAAGCUCUGAAGAAACCUGAGCAGCCCAAAGUGCCUGAGACCCAUCCGACAGGAAAUGGUGUGCUCAUCAAGCCUUCAUCGGCUUUCCAGGGCAUGGUGGGCUCUGCAGCUGGGAGAAGCUCCAGUCUGAGUAUUGGUGGUCAGGCUGCAGCCUCUGGGGCUCAAAGUAUUUCUAAGAAGAGCAGUAAUAAUGGCACCACUGUGGGUGGCUUAGGUCUGCAAUCUGGUUUUAAUGCUUCAGAUAGCCACCAAAAUCUUUUCUUGCAGGCCUCCAAAGAGCCCACAAAUCCAUUUCUGGCAUACGGGGACAAAACCUCCCACACCUCCUUUGCUGGUCUUAGUGGUUCAGAUCCACAGACUCUUGGCUCUGCUCCAGACAGCAAACCAAACCUGUUCACCAUGGCAGAGCCUCCAAAAGGGAUUUUGCCUUCCUCUUUCUCUGCGCUCUCAGCCGCUGCCUCACCCAGCUCCUCCUCUUCUCCAGCACUGGGGUCAUCACAGAGGGCACAGACUGAAGGCCCUGUGACAAAAGAGGAGCAGGAAGUGAGGGAGAUGCCUUCAUCCACCUCUAGUUGCCCCAUGUUUGGGAGCAUUGGCCCUGGAGCAAUGGAGAAUCUCCCUGUGUCAUUUGAUCAGAGUCAGUCUCAGAAGUUUUCCUUAGAGGAAAGGGGUCAAUCAUCCAAACGAGACUCUGAUUCCAGCAGUAACAGUGACCUGUCAGAUCUGAGCGAGAAUGAGGAUGGUCCAGAAAGAGGACCAGUCCCAGGAGGACCACCACACCCAGUCAAGGAUGUGGCGAUGUUGCAGAAAGCUAAAGCCCAAGGGGCUCCCAAAAGUCGUCCACGUAACAAGCCUUUCAAAGUGGGCCAGUCUGUACUUAAAGACCAGAGUAAAGUGCGUCGUUUGAAGCAGUCUGGUGAGUCCUUUCUCCAGGAUGGCUCCUGCAUCAACGUGGCACCUCACCUGCACAAAUGCCGCGAGUGCCGUUUGGAGCGUUACCGUAAAUAUCGGACUGCAGAUGAUGACAGUGAUGAUGAAGAUGAUCCAAAUGUAGCCUGUCGUUUCUUCCAUUUCAGAAGGCUGGCAUUCACUCGUAAGGGUGUGCUUCGUGUGGAAGGCUUUCUGAGCCCUCAGCAGAGUGAUGCUAUGGCCAUGGGUUUAUGGCUACCUGCGCCAGCUGUUCAAGAGGGCCUGGAUCUUGAUACGUCCAAGUACAUCCUUGCCAACGUGGGAGACCAAUUCUGUCAGCUGGUCAUGUCAGAGAAGGAGGCGAUGAUGAUGGUGGAGCCUCACCAGAAAGUGGCUUGGAAACGAGCAGUGCGAGGCGUUCGAGAAAUGUGUGAUGUGUGUGAGACCACGUUGUUCAACAUCCACUGGGUGUGUCGAAAGUGUGGCUUUGGUGUGUGUCUGGACUGUUAUCGGCUACGCAGGAACCGGCCAAGAGAGGAUGUGGAUGAAGGUCCAGAAGAUGAGGUUUUUGCUUGGUUAAAGUGUGCUAAAGGCCAGCCUCAUGAACCACAGAACCUCAUGCCUACACAGAUAAUACCAGGGACAGCUCUUUAUAAUAUAGGCGACAUGGUGCACUCAGCAAGAGGCAAGUGGGGAAUUAAAGCAAAUUGUCCAUGUGCGAGUCGACACACCAAGCCUCUAGUGCGUCCUAGUGCCCCGAAUGGAAUUUCACAGCAGCCUACGACAAGCAGCAAUAGCAUCCUUGCAGCUGCAACCCCUGGUCUUGGUACAACUCCAAAAUCAGAGGGAGAAACAUCAGUGAUCAAAACAGAACCUACCCAAACAGCAGCACCGUCAGACAGCGGGGGAGGUGAGAGUGUAGGCAGCACCAGUAACUCCACCAGCGGUACCUCCUCCCCCUGUAAUCUCCCCCAGUCCUCUGCCAAGGAGUCCCGCUCCUCAGGAGAAGGCAACAGCUCUGCUCUGCACUGGCUGGCAGACCUGGCCACACAGAAAGCUAAGGAUGACACUAAGGAAUCUGGUUCACUCCGCUCCAUGAUGAGUCGAGACAGCCGACCUCCCUUUGGCCUGGACUCACUCAGCGCCCUUUCGAAGCCUUCUACUUCAAGCCCUAAACUAUUUAAUAGCCUGUUGCUUGGCUCCAGCAUGGCCCAGUCCAAACCUGAGGGGUCGAGUCUCCGGGAUCUGCUCAACUCUGGACCUGGAAGACUCCCUCAAGGCCCUGGAGAGAGUGGGGUUCCAUUCCCUUCCGUCUUUACCUCAGGGGCUAGCGACAAAAUGAAGACCGGCCUCCCCAACUUCCUGGAUCACAUCAUUGCCUCAGUUGUGGAGACAAAGAAGGCAGAAGGCCGUCGGCCCGGGGCCUCCGAGAGCGGUGAGCUUAGUGUGUUGGGGGCUCGCAAAGAUGGUGUAAUGGGUCUCAGCGUUUUGGAACCACACACCUCCCACACCUGGCUCUGUGAUGGACGACUCCUCUGCCUUCAGGAUCCCAGCAACAGCAACAACUGGAAGAUCUUCAGAGAGUGCUGGAAGCAAGGACAGCCUGUGUUGGUGUCAGGGAUACAUAAACGUCUGAAAGGGGAUUUGUGGCAUCCAGAUGCUUUCAGUAAAGAGUUUGGAGAACAGGAUGUAGACCUGGUGAACUGUAGAAACUGUGCUAUCAUCUCUGACGUGAAGGUGCGAGACUUCUGGGAUGGGUUCCAAGUCAUCUCCAAACGGCUGCAAGAUGGUGAAGGCCAGCCCAUGGUGUUAAAAUUAAAGGAUUGGCCUCCAGGUGAAGACUUCAGGGACAUGAUGCCUACACGGUUUGAUGAUCUGAUGGAGAACCUUCCCUUACCUGAGUACACAAAAAGAGAUGGUCGUCUUAACCUUGCUGCUCGCCUGCCCAACUUUUUUGUGCGUCCAGAUCUUGGGCCUAAGAUGUACAAUGCCUAUGGCUUAACCUCAUCUGAAGACAGGAAGGUGGGGACCACAAACCUCCACCUGGACGUCUCUGAUGCUGUCAAUGUCAUGGUUUACGUCGGUAUUCCUCAAAAAGAGGGAGAUCAGGAAGAAGAGGCAGAUAUCAAUGGACGCCAAGAGGUCAUGACCACCAUAGAGGAAGGUGAUGUGGAUGAAAUGACGAAGAGGAGGGUGUUUGAGGGACAGGAGAAACCUGGAGCUCUGUGGCACAUCUAUGCUGCCAAGGAUGCCGAGAAGAUCAGAGAACUUCUCCGCAAGGUGGGAGAGGAGCAGGGUCAAGAAAACCCUCCUGACCACGACCCCAUUCAUGACCAGAGCUGGUACCUAGACCAGACGCUCCGACGCAGGCUGUAUGAAGAAUACGGUGUCCAGGGUUGGGCCAUUGUACAGUUCUUGGGAGAUGCUGUUUUUAUCCCUGCUGGAGCUCCGCACCAGGUGCACAACCUGUACAGCUGUAUCAAAGUGGCAGAGGACUUUGUGUCACCUGAGCAUGUCCGGCACUGCUUCAGACUGACCCAGGAGUUCAGACACCUGUCCACUACUCAUACAAACCACGAAGACAAGCUACAGGUGAAGAACAUAAUCUAUCAUGCAGUGAAGGACGCUGUUGGGACUCUGAAGGCCCAUGAAACCAAACUAGCCCGCCCCUAGUUCCUCUCACUUAUCGUUGUCCCGAAACAACCAGCCUCUGACAACUGGGCCACUACACACACACUUGCAUUACAUACCUACAUAAACAAGUACAAGCUGCAGAGUGCAGAGUACGACGAUAGAGAGUAGUUUGUUUUUUUGGGGUGGUGGGGUAGGGGGCAAUGACAGUUGGGGU